AGCCUUCACUCACACAAAACACACUCACACAUGAAAGCUGCUGCUUUAUUGCGCGCCAAAACAUACUUUGAGAACCUUUGUUUUGUGUCAGCAGCUGAAAAUUGGGUUAAUAUUUUUUUUAUUUAUUUUAUUUAUUGGAGCAUUGUAUUUAAAAAUUUAUUUUGCUGAGAUAUCCAAUAAAAAUUAAAGAAGUCAAAAAUGGUAAUUAAAGAGUUAUUUAGUUCAAAUGUUAGUGUUAAGUGGAUAGGAAGUCAAGCAUUACAUUUUGAAGCAACGAAUUUGAAAAAUAAAAACGUUUCUUAUUACACCAAAUGCAUUAUUGGAGCACUAACUUUAAGUGUGGGCGAUUUCGUACUCGUGUCUAAUGCAGAUGCAGCUGAACCGGAUACUGUUGAAGGUUGUGAUAUAGCAAAAAUAAUUUGCCUGUAUGAAUUACAUGAGGACAUGUGCAAAAAGGAUCCUUACCGUGCAUGUGUACAGUGGUAUUCACGUCCUCAAUGUAUUCCUCAUAAAGAAUUUGACACUGAUAAUAUAAAUAUAGACUUUAAUUGUGAAGUUAUAGAAGAACAUCGACCUUACGACGCUGAUAUUUCUUUGGAGACAAUUUUUCGUAAGUGCCUUGUCGUAAUUGGCGAAGUCGAAGAUACUGCGUCCAAAAUUUUAAAUAAUCUCAACUCAUCACGUAGUACAUGUCCAAUGUUUGUUUGUCGAUAUAAAUUUAUUAAAGUAAAACAAUAUUAUCGGUUAGUUCCGCUACAGUACAGUGAAGAACCAUUAGAUAUUGAAAGGAAUACCGUCAGGAAAACGCGUCGCAAUAGUUGUUUUACAGAAUCUACAACCAAAGUUCAAAUAAAUAAUGACAACAGUAGAAGAGUGCGGUCAGCACAUAAAGAAAAAUCUCGAAAUACCGAUAAUAUUAAACGCAGACGGGCUUCUAUGUGCGCGUCAAGUGCACUAGAAUUUGUCGAUAUUAGUCAAUUUUCUACUGAAAAUAAAGUUUCGCCAAUAAAAAUAAUUGGCGGACGAAGUGUGGUAAAACUUUCUGCUAAAAAGAAAAAGGAAGAGGUGAAUGCUAAUUAUCUCAUCACAUCUCCGCUAACUGAGAAGAAUCACAAAGUUCCAAUACAUAACUCUAGAGCUUCAGCAGCUAGACGCAAUUUAAAUUUAAGCCUAGAAAAAGAAGGAAAUGUAACAGCAGAUUCUGAUUGUCUAAAUUAUUCCAUUGUUAAGCCGGUUGAAGAUGAACCAUCAUGCAACAAUGAAAUUAAAAUUAAAUUACGAAUUUCAGAAACGCGGCGCUCUAACAAGUUUAAAUCUAUUGAUGAAGAUCCUUUAGCAUUAGCAGAUAGUGCUUCACAUGAAGACACGCAGAGCAGUCGUAAACGCUUAGGUAUUAUUGAUAAUUCUACACCGAAUAUAUAUAAAACGCCAUCAAAGAAAUCAAAAGAUACUGAUAUAAACUCUGAGAUGACACCGCGGGUCACUGCUACGCGAAGAAAAAGCAUUUUAAAAUCAGCAACAAGUCGUCCAGCUGAUGGAACACCAAAACGCAGUAUACAGCUAUCGAAUAUUGUGGAACGUAGAAUUUUUAAUGAUAAUGAUAUAGUUAGCACACCAAAACGAUCGCGCAAUACUAAAAAUGAUAAUGUCGAUGUCGAAACUCCAAAAACACCAAAACGUAGCUCUCGUAAAUCCGACAUGUAUGAAGAAAAAACUCCAAGCAAACGAUCUUCUAUGACAGCGACACAAAAAUUAAAGCUUUUACGUUCUGGAGAACUAAGUCCCACCAUUGAAAAACGCAUAACGUUCUCAUCAAAACAAAACAAAAAUGAUUUGCAGCUAGCACGAGAACAGCUACACGUAUCUGUAGUACCAAAGAGUCUACCAUGCCGUGAAAAAGAAUUUGAAAAUAUUUAUACUUUUUUAAGAGGAAAAAUAGAAGAUCAAUGUGGUGGCUGUAUGUAUGUAUCUGGUGUGCCUGGAACUGGAAAAACAGCAACAACAACUGGUGUUAUACGUACACUGCAACGCGAAGCAACUGAAGAAAAUUUACCACCAUUUGAUUAUAUAGAAAUUAAUGGUAUGCGUCUAACAGAACCAAGACAAGCAUAUGUACAAAUCUAUAAACAAUUGACUGGUAAAACUGUUUCUUGGGAACAUGCACAUACAUUACUUGAAAAACGAUUCACAACAUCAGCGCCAAGACGUGUUACCACAGUAUUGCUUGUAGAUGAACUUGAUAUACUUUGCAACCGACGGCAAGAUGUCGUAUAUAAUUUACUCGACUGGCCAACAAAAUCACAGGCACGUUUAGUAGUCGUAACAAUAGCCAACACAAUGGACUUACCUGAAAGAUUAUUAAUGGGUAAAGUAACAUCGCGAUUGGGACUUACGCGUCUUACUUUUCAACCAUAUACACACAAACAGCUACAAGAAAUUGUUACGGAACGUUUAAGUGGUUCGGAUGCUUUCAAAAGUGAUGCCGUACAACUUGUUGCGCGUAAGGUUGCUGCAGUCUCCGGUGAUGCACGACGUGCUUUAGACAUUUGCCGUAGAGCUACCGAAAUUGCUGAUGCUUCUUUUGACGCCAACAAUAAAACAAAAUUAUGUGUAAAUAUGGCACAUGUACAACAGGCUUUAGGUGAAAUGAUAGCCAGCGCUAAAGUACAGUCCAUAAAGAACUGUUCACGUCUCGAGCAACUUUUCCUACAAGCCGUCGUUGCAGAAAUAACACGCACUGGUGUAGAUGAAACUAAUUUUAUGAGUGUCUACCUACAGAUUGAAACAAUAGCUGCAUUUAUGGGAGUAACUGUACCUACACCAGGUCGUGCAUUGCGUAUCUGCUCAAAAUUGGGCUCAGAACGACUAAUCAUUUGUGAACAUUCGCGCAAUGACAUUUUUCAGAAGAUUCUGCUGAACGUGAGUAUGGAUGAUAUACAUUAUGCGCUGCGAGUAAAUACUGAAUCAUAGUACAAAAUACAAGAAUAAUAAU